AUGCAGCAUAAUUCCUCAACAGAAAUCACAAUUGCUGGAUUUUGCGUGUCUGAAAGCCCAAUGACGGUGUCAAAAUCUAUUGGAAUGGCUGAUGGUGAAUGUGCUGCUGGUGAGAUCGAUAAGGUUACUGGAACCAAAAGUUCCGUAUCGGAGUUUGUAAAUAGAUCUCCCGGAAGCAAUGCUAGGAGUGGUCACAUUGUAUAUGUUCGCCGAAAACCUGAAAUAGAUUCGAAAAAAAGCAACAUUUGUGAUACCCAAAUCGGUAGUCCUCAUUCCGUGAAGUCUGCUGGCCCGCGUGUGCCAGCUCAACGGUUUACGGAGGUGAAUAAAUCCAUGACUUGCGCUCCUGAUGCCGCACUUCUGCCUAUGGCUUUUUCACCAGAUUCCUCAUCCACGAGAGCAAACGUUGUUGCAUCCUGGGAAGAGCGGUAUCGCUGCUUGCAGAGUUUGUUGAAAACGUUGGAUCAGUCGAACCAAGAAUAUGUUCAGAUGCUUCGGUUGCUAUCCUCCGUUGAGCUCAGCCAGCAAGCUGUUGAACUUGAAAAACGAUCAAUGAAGCUCUCUGUGGAGGAAGCAAAAGAGAUUGAACGAGCUGGCAUGUUGGGCAUGUUGGGUGAACAUGGAAAAAAGGUUGUUUCUAAAGCUUUCUCUACUCAGCAAGAUGAGUUGCACAAGUAA